UCAAAACUAUAUCUAUCAAGACGCCACAUCCGUUGCUCAGUCGUCUCCAUUUUGAACGCUCGUCUCUUGUCUAUAAUUUUGAAUAGAUCGUCUUUAUGGGCAUGGUGUAACUGGUUGGAUAAUAAUGUGCGUCUAUUGAAAUGGAUACGUGGUCCGAUCUUUGCCGCUGUUGUUUGUCUGCCAAUUGCGAAGUGUCACUCCUAGAUUCGGAGCAGAAUGUAACUGACAAGUUUCUUGAAGUUACUACGAUCGAGGUUAAGGAAGAUGAUGGUUUACCCCAGAAGCUAUGCUCAGAUUGUUACGCCAUCAUGAAUUCUGCUUACCAAUUCCGGAAACAGUGCAUCAAAAUGGAUAAUGAGCUGAAACUGCAGCUCAAUGCUUUACUAGACAUAACAAAAAUUGAUAAAACCCCGCCCGAUUUUACUGAUGAUAUAAUUGGUGAUGAUGAAGACAUCGGAAGUGAUCCGAUGAAGCAACUCGCAGCCAUCAUCAAAAAGGAACCAACAGACAGUGAUGAUGAUUGCUAUUAUGUCCUGGUUAUUGAUGAUCCCAAAGACAAAGAUAAGGAAGACAAGGUGGAAUUAUCGAAUGUGAAAAUUGAAAAGAUGGAUCAUGAAAAUGAAGUUGCGUACAGCCCUGAGAAACAAACUCAGAGUCAGUUUGAAGAUUCUAUUGAAUCGUUUCUCAUGUCCAACACCAAGGUAUCAGCUAAUGUACCAGCAACUAUUCUAGAAAAUGAAGAGGGACAGGAAAAUGAUGAACUGGAUGGUGCUAUGAACAUUGAUGAGAAUCAAGACAGCAUGAAUCAAGAUCAGAGCCUAGUACAAAUGGAAGAUUCUAAUGACAAUCAAAUAAUAGAAACUAUUUCUUCAGACGUCAUCAAAGAAAUACCGAAUUCUAAAAACUUUAUUAAAAUCUUAACUACAACUGACUCAGAUGGAACUAUCUUGUUGAAGAGUAAUGACAGGAUACAAUAUUUGACGGACUCCCAGUUAGUGAAUGAAGAUGAAGACGGUGACCCAAUGUCGCAAGAAGUUAUAUUCUGCGAAGGUGAUGACUCCUCACAGUUCCAAAUUUUGAAGUAUGAUGGGUCAGAACUGGUGAUAGAAUAUGCUGAUGAUAGCCAAAUAGCUACAGUUCUGCAACAAGAAGAUGGUACCUUCUUAUGUGACUGUGGAGAGCAAUUUGAAGACUUGGCUGAUUACGAAAAGCAUCAGUAUAAACACAAUCCCGCAGGAGAACACUUGUGUAAUCUGUGCGGCAAAGGCUUUGAAUCUGCAGAGAUACUGACAGGACACAUGUUACUACACAGCAGUACAGGCCUGCUAAUAACUUGCCCAUUCUGCAACCAACUCAUCAGACGUAAUGCCCUAACACAACACAUCAAAUAUGGCCACAACAAUAUAAAACCCCGUUGCAACAUCUGCUUCAAGACAUUUGCUAACCCGAACAACUUGAAACGUCACAUGAUGAUACACAGCGGUAUCCGAGAGUUUGAGUGUGACAUCUGUUUCAAAAGAUUCCAUCAGAAGAUUACAAUGCAGACACACAGGCUGACACACAUGAACCCAUUCUCCUGCAACCAGUGCGACAAGACUUUUGAGAGUAAAGCAGCACUAACCAGUCACAAAGAAUCUGAUGAGUGUACUAAAUCUAAAGUAAUCAAAGUUAAAGAGGAAUUAAUGAAGACUGUGAAACAAGAAAUUACGACAAAUCUCGGUAAACUCCUAGGCUAUGCAUGUUCACUGUGCAAGAAAAUGUUUUCAGUGGAAUCAGCUUUGGAGCAACAUAUCGAGAGCUCCCAUAUUGUGGAUCCGACAGAGUUGCUUUGCUCGGAGUGUGGUGAUGUGUUGCCUUCUAAGAAGGACAUGCAAACUCACAUAUUGACACAUAAGAAUCUAAAGGUGAAGAAUGCAAAACGGUUUGAAUGUAGCAUUUGUGGUAAAGGCUGUUCCAGCCAAGCCAUGCUAUUGAUGCAUGAACGAGUGCACACCAACGAGAGGCCAUUCCCAUGCCAGUUGUGCUCCCUACGGUUCAAAACGAAGACUCACCUGCGUACCCACCAGUUAACUCAUACAAGGGAAAAGAAGUUUGGUUGUUCUGUUUGUAUGAAGUUCUUUGCACUAAAAGGUAAUUUAGUUGUGCAUCUACGGACGCAUACUGGUGAACGUCCAUAUGUGUGCUCAUUGUGUGGCGAAGCUUUCAUAGACUCGAAAUAUCUGAAGAAGCACAAACUAAAGAAGCAUGCUAUAGAAAAUGUUCCGUGGAAUCAGUACUAGGCACACUAAAGUAUCAAGAAAUGUCUCCAUAUUAAAUAUGAGAUGCUUUUCGUAUUAUGUGAAAACUUAGUCCAAUGUCAGGCAUUCUAGAUAAUUCUAUAUGAGGAUUAAUAACAUCCCUUUAUCAUCGCAAUACUUGUUAUGAAGUGGAUAUUAUCCAUACAAUUUUUAUUAAACUGUCACAUACAUAGUAUAUUAAUAGUUACACUGUAUUUCUAUGUAUAAGUUUCUCAACUUUCUGCUCAAACUGUUCGUUUGGACUUAGUUUAAUGAAACACAUAAUAAUUAAUUGUAAAAUGUAUACAUUAUUUGGAAGAUGACCAAAGGUAAUGAAUGUAUAUGAAUUAAAUCUUUACGAUGUUCUAUAAUAUUGCA